AUGUCAAAAAGGCAGACUGGUGACGAAGUUGCGUCUAAUAACUCGCAACAAAGGCGCUCUUUUCUGAAGCUUGAGAUUGGCUUCACUUGGAACUAUGAAAACCAGACCAUCAUAGCUUUCGGUGUGUCCUAUGUUGCCGAGGUUGCGUCUUGCAUAUCGUCCUUCGAUCCGCCGCUGACGGUGAGCUUCGCUUCCAUUGGCGAUGACACUGAUUUCACCAACUCAACAACCACCGACUCAACAACAGUACUUAGCUCGAAAGUGAUGGCUGUGGGGACUUCCAUUAUAAUAUACUGGCAUGAAGAUGACCUAUCCUCCUUCCCAGCGUCGCUGGCGGCAUCCUUGAGAGUCGGCAUGGGUCUGCCAGCCUAUCCAGCGACGGCCACCGCCUCGGAUUCGCUGCCUGCCAACGCCUCGAACUCGAACUCGCUGCCGGCAUCCUCUUCGCGGUUGCCAGUAGAGACGGGUACCUCUGAAGAAGCCGCAGAGAGCAGUGGCCAUCUCUCCCGGGGCGCGAUAGCAGGAACCAGCAUCGGAGCAGUACUCUUCGUCUUUCUCCUCGGUGGCAUGGGAUACCUCACUCUAGCACGACGAUGGAAGAAGGCGGCCCCACGAGACAGCAGCCAGUCUGACAUGCAAUCUGCCAAGAGAAGAUAUAGAUUUAGUCGUAUGAGCUGGAUUCGUCGCUGGAGAAAGGACACGAUUCCAGCUUUGCCAGAGAUGGAUCAGGGUCAGAACGUAUACAAAGACUUCAGGGGCGGUGCGUGGAGAGCGGAGCUGGGCUCGACUGCACCGCCCGUGGAAUUGGAAGGGUCAGUGCCUGUGCACCAAGAGGCCAUCCCUGAAGGCGAAGAGGAGCAAGAGGAGCAAGAGGAGCAAGAGGAGCAAGAGGAGAUACAGGGCGUCCUAGCCCAGGGAAAUGUCAUACAUGCUCAUGGAGGACAAUCUACCUCAUAG